AUGCACAAAUCUCGGCCUGAGCCUGUGCCCACGGCUGCACCUCUGCCAGUCCCGCCGACGGCCGGCCCUCUGCCGGUCGCACCCGAGGCUGGCAGACGGUCCUCUGCAGGUCGCGCCCGCUCCUCUGGCGGUCCCGCCCCUCAGCCAGACACACAGCUGCCAGUUCCGCCCCCUCAGCCGGUCGUGCCGUUGGCCGGUCCUUUGCCGGUCUCUGGCGGCCCCGCCCCUCUGCCGUUUCUGCUGAGUAUCUUCACACCUGCUCCUCAGCAAGUCCCGCCAUGGACCGCUAAUCAGCAGGUCUUAACGUGGCCCGCUCCUCUGCCGGUUCCACCGUGGGCUGGUCCGGCCACUUCUCUCCUCUGUACUUCAGUAGCUCAACCUCCCUCUCCACAAGUGCAGCCAGCAGCAGCACGUGCGUCCCUCAAACGCCGUGCUGCUGCUAUGUCACAGCCACACACAUUUGAUGAGGGGGAGGUUGCAGCAAAAAAAGCCAGACUGCAAAAGAAGAAAAAAAGAGGAAGAAGACGACGGGCGGCAAAGUCUAAAGCUCAACCUUCCUCUACACAAGUGCAGGCAGCACCAGCAUGUGCGCCCCACAAGCGCCAUGCUGAUGCUAUGUCACAGGAGAUACAGACUAGAAAAAGGGCGAGAACUACGCCUCCAGCUCAACCUUCCUCUCCACAAGUGCAGCCAGCACCAGGGCCUUCAUCUGUUCUUUCAGAGCAAAAAAGAAUAAAGAGACAGAAGAGAAGGCAAAGGCAAAGGAGAAAUCGGGCUAUUAAACGUGCAUUUCAAGCCGCCCAGAGAAGUGCUCCUACUCCCCAGGCUUCGUCUAACGCUGCGGUGUCACAGGUAAAAAUUUACCAGAGCCCUGAAUAUAACAAGUGUCAACCUUCAAUAAGCAGUGCUAUAGACAGCCUGGAGAGAAAGCUGUUUGUUUUGUCGGUUCAAAAAAAAUGA